CUGGCUUUCAUUUUACUGGGGCAGAAAAAGGAUAUAAAAGCGUAUAUGCAAAAUAACCAAAAGCCUUUGGCCUGGGUAAUGUGCUGCUGGGUCCGGGCUCAGGACAGGACUCCGUGCCCCAAUUCCCUCCUUCCCGCACUCCUCCCUCCCCGCCGCAGGGAAUCCAGGCCUCUUCCUCAGCAAACUCUGGCCGCUUCUGCACGGUACCGCACCACGACCUCAGCCUGUUUCUCCCGCUGCUAGGGACGGCCGGCGCCCGGCGACAGGAGGUGUGGCGGCCCCUUUAAGCAGCGAAGCUCGUGUUGCAAUCGCAGCCUUGGGAACCUGUCCUUUCCGGGGGGUGGAGCCUGUGCCAGUAGCGGCGGCCAACCAAAGCGCGGCAUUUUCCGCGGGAGAUCCGAAUUUCGCGGCACGCAGUUUGGCGCUAAAAAAAAAAAAAAAAAAAAGAGAGAGAGAGAGAGAGAAGAAGGAGGAAAAAAAAGAGGCAGAGAAAGACUUGGGGACCAGAGAGCCAGGCGAGAGGGAGUCGGUGCAAUCGGCCCCUUUUCCCCGUCCGAGCGCAUCGCUUCUCCUCCGAGCCCCCGGCGACCCCAGAGACCCCUACCAGGAGCCAGCCAGACCCCAAGCGCCGAGGCCUUUCGGGGGCGCGGGGCCGUCCCGGGUCGCCGUCGCCCUCGGGGUGGGACAGCCACUGGCCGUGCCGCCGCCGCCGCCGCCGCGGGGCGAUCUCCAAGCGGGGAUCUCCAAGCGCUGCUCAGCUCGGCCGCUGGCCAGGAGGGGAGGGUCCGGCCUUGCCCCGCAGGCGUCCAUUGGCGGCUUUCCCUGGCCUCCGCGCCAUGCCUCGGGCGGUGUGAGCCUCCGCGGGCUCCGGAGCCCGCAGGUGCCUGCGGGCGCGCCAGGCCGGGUUGAGGAGGGGGCGUUGCGCUCGCCAUGCUGCGAGGGCCCCGGGCCCUGGCUCCAGCCGCCGGGCCGCCCUCGAAGGGACUGCACGCGAUGAGCCCUACCGAGCUGUGGCCGCCCGGCCUCAGCAGCCCCCAGCUCUGUCCGGCCACCACCACCUACUACACCUCGCUGUACCCGCAGACUGUGCCUCCCACUGCGGCGCCCGGCACCUGCCUCGACGCCACCCCCCACGGACCGGAGGGCCAAGCUGUGCGAUGCGUGCCGGCUGGCCGGCUGCCGGCCAAAAGGAAGCUGGACCUGGAGGGGAUCGGGAGACCCACGGUCCCUGAGUUCCGGACUCCCAAGGGGAAGUGCCUUAGAGUGGACGGUCUCUCCAGCCCCAGAAUCAACAUCCUGGUUCCAGCCGGAGUUUUAGAAAAUUUGGGGGGUCAGAGACCUCAUGAAGAAGCCCCCAAGUCCCCUGGAGAGAAGACUCGUUAUGACACAUCGCUCGGGCUGCUCACCAAGAAGUUCAUUUACCUCCUGAGUGAAUCCAAGGAUGGGGUCCUGGACCUGAACUGGGCUGCCGAGGUGCUGGACGUGCAGAAACGGCGCAUCUAUGACAUCACCAACGUGCUGGAGGGCAUCCAGCUCAUCCGCAAGAAGGCCAAGAACAACAUCCAGUGGGUAGGCAGGGGAAUGUUUGAAGACCCCACCCGGCCUGGGAAGCAGCAGCAGCUGGGGCAGGAGCUGAAGGAGCUGAUGAGCGCGGAGCAGGCCUUGGACCAGCUCAUCCAGAGCUGCUCUCUGAGCUUCAAGCACCUGACGGAGGACAAGGCCAACAAGAGACUGGCCUAUGUGACUUACCAGGACAUCCGUGCUGUUGGCAACUUUAAGGAGCAGACGGUGAUCGCUGUCAAGGCCCCUCCACAGACAAGACUCGAAGUGCCUGACAGGAGCGAGGAGAACCUGCAGAUAUACUUGAAGAGCACCCAGGGACCCAUCGAAGUCUACUUGUGCCCAGAGGAGGUGCAGGAGCCCGACAGUCCUGCCAAAGAGCCCCUCCUGCCGACCUCCACCCUUGGCCCCAGCCCUGACUCCACCCAGCCCGGCAGCAGCACGGACCCUGGGAUGACAGAACCUGUGGCAUCCCCAGCACCAGCGCUGACGCCCCAGCAAGUCCCGCAGCCGCCAGCGCCCCCGCCCCUGCCGCUUGUCCCCCUGGAGGCCACCGACAGCCUGCUGGAGCUGCCGCACCCACUUCUGCAGCAGACCGAGGACCAGUUCCUGUCCCCGAGCCUGCCGUGCAGCUCUCCCCUGAUCAGCUUCUCCCCGCCCUUGGACCAGGACGACUACCUGUGGGGCCUGGACGGGGGUGAGGGCAUCAGUGACCUCUUCGACUCCUACGACCUUGGGGAUUUGCUGAUUAAUUGAGUGGCCUUGCCUGUCCCAGCAACCUGCCCUUGGCUCUACCUCCGCACAGACGGACAGGCCCUCUGCCCACGCAGGGACGUGGGACACAAGGUGCUGCCCUAGGGAUGGGGGGGACCUCUUCUCUUUCUCACCCCCCCAGCCAGCUGAAGCUAUCUUGGAGAGGGGUUUUGGGUGAGGAGUGUAUUAGGGGUCGGGUCCUCUCUUUCCUCAUAGAAGCUGGGCCCAGGAAGGCCCAUCUGGCUUCUGACCUCUGACCUCUCACAUGAAGGGCCACAGGUGAGGCAACCAGGUCCAGGGAAAAGCCUUCCCCUCGCCUUUUGAGGGAGGUGAAUUAGGACCCUGAAUUUAUCAAGAAGCACUUAAUGCCUUUGUAUUUAUUUCAGGUUGAGUUUUGUUUGUCUUCCUUGAGUUUUUAGCAGGGAGAUUGUUCUAGUUUCUAGUAAGACUUCUCAGACGGGCCCAGUGCUGUCCAUGGUCCGAGGGCAGCCCAGGGCUUCCUGGGCCCCAGGCCAGUCCCCGAUUUCCCCGUAGCCAUAGACUGGGUCUCUGGGGGCUGUCCAGUCUGCUAGAACGCUACUUGCACUUCGGCCUCGUAAUUCUAGUAAGUGGUGGCCACAGGCCCUUCGGCUCCUCCUGCCCAUCCUCUCCCGCUGAGGCACCAGCCUUGGGUUCCUGGCCUCCUCUGUCCCAGGGAUGGGUGCAGGGAGCCCUCCCGGGGAGGCGGCAUCAAGGCUCCAGGUGUGGAGACCCACUUCUGUGGAAUCCCCUACCUCUCCAGUCCCUUAGAACAGGAAAAACCACCUUCCAGGGAGUCAGCACUGAAAGGCCCCUCCCCAGGGAAACACAGACAGGAAUGUGGAAGCAGCUAGAGGGCUCCAUUUGUGCCUCUGCUUGGGACAGGGGCUGUCUUACCCUGAGUACCUGGGAGGGAGUGGCAGCCCCAUAUAGAGAAAGGUGGGGUUAAAGCAAGAAACUGCCAGAAAGCAGCCCCUCUGGAAGCUGCUCUCAUCAUCCUCCCCUUCCCUGGAAGGAUUUGUUUACUGAAGGGAGUAAUUCUUUAAGGAUCUCUUCUUCUCGGCAGCUCUCACACAGACCCCCCCCCCCCCCCCCGCACCCCAGGACAGAGGUAACCAGGGCUUGGUGGCAUUUUAGCUCGUUUUGUCACUGGAAUGCCGAAGGGCUGGCAGAGUGUUUAUUGCAGACCAGACCUUUGCCCUGAUGGGGAGACGGGCUUAUGUUACCUCUUGAGGCUUAGGGUCCUGAGAAGGAUUCUUGCCCUGGCCUGCUCCCCGCCCCCAGAGGCUUGACUGUCCCACAGUGUCUCUGCAGCCCACUUGGGUGUGAGGGAUGAGGUCAGCUCUCUUCCCCACCCAACGUGGGGCGGGGCUGCUCUGGACUGAACCAAGGCUCUGCCCUCUGGAGAGAGGCAGCCAGGAAUGGUGGUCUUAGAGGCCCACCACCUACCCUCAGCGAGCUAGGUUUCCUCAGGGGCUUGGCUGGGCAGCACUUUUUUUUUUUUUUUUUUAAGUUUGUAGCAUUAAGUUGGUUUUAAAUAUGAAGUUGGCCUCAUGGGAUGGCUCCUGAGUUACCCAGAAGCUGGCAUCUGAAGCUGGGGAUGUGGGCUUUUUUGGGGGUGGGUCUGGUGUGAGUUAAUGCUUGCAUGGGGACAGCGUGCCUUGUCAUUUUCACAACUUCCCGGGCCCCUGACUGUGCCCUCUCAGGAACAGAUGUCCCGCUCUGGAAACAGGGUUUAUUUUGUAGGCUUUACAGACAUGCUGUUGGUGUCCCCUCUCCAGAUACUCACAGAGGUGUCAUCAGAAGCCUGCUUGGAAGCCCACUAUGUUCAGGGGCAAGGGACUACCUCAGCCCUUGGGCAGGGGACAGGAGUGUUGCUUGGAAUCCUGUUGGGGGCCUGUGGGGCCUAGAUGGCUUCGCUGUUCUGAGGUGUCUGGGCUGCCAUUUAGCUAUGUCCCAUGUCUGAAGACAGAGACGUUUGACUUCCAUGCCUUUGGCUCUGUCUAGAAUCUUCCAGAAUUAAAUCAGAGAAAAGAGAGACGAGGCCUACAGGAUUCACUGGGAACGGGUUUACCAGUAAAGUCUGGCCAGAAUUCAAGCUCAUUCUCCAAAUGCUGGGCCAUAGUGCUGGACAGAGGGGCUGCCCCUUGGGCCCAUGGUCUGUACCCUGAGCAGCUGUCCCUGUCCUGUGCUAUCCCCUCCACACCCUGCCUGGCCCCUGGGGCUGGACCGCCCAGGCCAAGCCUCAGGCUGUGGGGGGGUGACAAGCUCACACCUCUUCCUUGCCAGCGACACUUGAAACCUCUCAGGAGUUGCAUCGAGAGCUUUAAAAAUGUCUGUUCGAUGGUAUUUCCUUUACGGGCCAUGUAAACUUUAGAACUAGGGUGGAAGAAAAACCACUUUUCUUUCUGAGGUACAUUAUUCCUUCCAGGACAUUUCCCAGCCCCACAGGCAGCCCCCAAGUCACCUGUGUCGCACGGGGGCACCAGAGGCUCGGGGGCUCCAGGGAACUCAGUAGGUGAAGUUGUGGAGGUUCGGCCCCGCUCCCGUGUCCCUUCCCACAAAACGUGUUCGCCAGAGCAGCGUGAGGUCCCUUCUCUGCGGCAACGCUGUGGUUGGACCGGUGUGGUUGUGGGAGGACGAGGGGGAUGGUGAAGCUCAGAAAGCUGGUUCUGAGAGGGUUUUGACUUGACUUCCCCUCCCCGAGUGUUCUCAGCCCCAGCUUUGCAGUGUUUAGUUCCUAGUAAAAGCACCUGGGUGUUCCCGCGUCUGAGCGUCGUGUGGCUUGAAGUGAAAGCCUUCUGGGGUUGUUUGCAGGCAGCUAUUUGGUGCUCCUCUUGGUGUCCCAGAGCCCCCACCUCCCCCUGGGACCCUGUUCUUCCAUGAGGACCCUCGGUGACCAGAAGCCCAGCCAGCCUGCGGGCUCCUGGGUGAGGGAAGAAGCCUUGUGUACGGCAGGUGUGUCUUGAGGGUGAUGAGGCCCAGGCCACCUGGUCCCUGUGCAGGGACUCUAGACAGGUCACUUUCGUCUGGUCUGGUUUUGCCCCAGGUCCUGCCUUGAUGAGCACCGUGUAAACCUCCUUGUGUUGUGAUAAUCGGGCAUUAAACGACAACUCUGGACACCUC